CCAAACAAAAUGGAAACUUCGAAAUUUUGACAUUUCUAAUUUUAGAAUUGAACGCGUAAUGAAUGACUUUAAAUGAGUGUCGAUUAUUAAUACCGUUUGGUCAAAUGGCAACUGCUUCGCAAGAGAGCUGCCAGUGGCUUUCGGUGACAGAAGAAGCAUUGUUUCUACACGAUGGUUUAAUGCGCGUUUCUGACUUAGUUGCGCUUCCAAAUGAUGUCAACAACUCGCAAGAUCCCGACAGUGAGGUCAUUUCGUUCGACUUAAAAAAUCCAGAAGAACUAUCUCAACGAUUGUUGGUUGUUUGUGGUACACAUAACAAUGCAUAUGCCAAGCUUCUAGAGUAUAGGCUGAACGCCCUUCGUGGUCUUUGGAGUGCCCAAAAACAAGUGGCUGCAGAUGAUGAAAGUGAAAAAGAAAGCUCAUCCACAGAAGACACUAUAGUAUUAUUAAGAAAACAAGGCCUUUUAAAAGAUCCAGACCAGGUGUCUUUUGCAACCCGAGUGAGCAUUCUUCUAGUCUUGCCUCUGUUGCAGUCUCAAAGCCUUGUUGAUCCACAACUAUGUGGAGUCACCUCUGCAGUGUUAUUGAAUUGUCUUCGAGACUGUGCUCCAUUAAGUCUGUCUAAAGAGCCAGGUGAUUGUUUUAAAGGACUUGAGAGUUUGCUUUGUAGCUGGCUUGGUGAGAAAACUGAUGCAGAAACACAGCAUACAGUGCAAGACAAAUCACAGCGAAAAAACAUAGCUGCAGCAUUAGUAGCACUUGCCUGUGCCCGAGGUCAUUUGAAGACUUUCAUUCAUACAAUUCAUCUUCUUUUGACCCUGACCGAUAUCGAUACACUGCAAGUCUCGGACAUUCUUGGUAAACUGAUUGACACUGAAGGCGGACCUGGCCAUGUUCCAGCCUUACUGGGAUCAAAACAUAUCCUGUCUUGGGGGUUCGAAGAUAUGCUUACAACUACAGAAAAAGAUUCUGGUGAAAAGGAAAAACCCUGUGAGGGGGAAGUUGGAAGGAGUCUUACCUGUGAUGGAGUUUUUCUUUUCACAACCAAUUCUUGUGGAAAAGGUUUAGCCAAAGUUGGCACUGGUCUACAUGGAUCUUUAAGAGGUUACAUCUAUGUGAAAAACACUGAUGUUGGUCCAGGGAAAGUGGCUUUUGGAAGAGGCCAUAUUUUAUACCGACCCCAGGCUUAUGAUGUGGAAGCUGAAAAUGCCAAGUUCUUUCAAAUUAUUGACAAGUGUACAUUGCAGCCUAUUAAGACCAUUCCAAAACACCCUAGUUUGCUCGAGACUGGACCCUGCACAACAGUGGCAUUGUGUAGUGAUGGUUCCCUGUUUUACUGGGUAUGGUGUCCAGCAACUGCAAAUGACAAGUCCAAUAAGGCUAUUCCAGUAUAUGUGGACAUAUUUGAGUACAAGAUUGGUGACAGCACAGUAGUUCCUGUACAGUCUCGUAUCACCCUUGUGAAGAAGGACACGGAUGCCAAGUCCAAUGACACUCUGAUGUCUAGAUUGAGGCCGAUAUACCGUGGAUCUGCAAGUGCCCUGGCUGCAUUGGUUGGCGUUGAUAGCGCAUCAAGCAAAAAAGAUGAUGCCAGUGCCCAGCAAGGCAUCACAUCAUGCGGUCUUGCCCUGAAGGUGCUGGUGAAGACGCCUGUGUUUACAGAGGGGAGUCACCUCAUUCUGCUGACAUCCCUCCCUGGGGCCAGCGCAGGCAGUGCUGCUAGAUCUCCCUUUGGUAGUGUCGGAGCACUGUCAUCCAUUAGAUGUGCCUUGGCCACUAACCACUGUUACAGCCUAACAGACGGCCAUUUGUCACAACGACCAGAGCUGGUUGAUGCUCCCAACUGCUCAAUAGCCAGAGGAGCGCAGAUUCCAACUCUAGGCGUAUGCUAUGACGUAUGUAACAACCUAUUGUGGGCGUGCAGCGCUGACUGGGUGGACCAGUUCAAUAACCCCGCCCACCAGGCCCCUCAUCACAUCAGGGCCAGGCUGGACAUAGCUACCACAUCUGGGCAACCAGAAACAAAGGCAGCUGCCAGCAGUGUGGACAUGCCAGUAUCCCUGGUGAUUCAGCAACUGCUGCAGCAUGUGGGCAGUAUGUGCCUGCACCAGCUCCACAGCGACCUCAUGUACACACCUUUCAGUAGCUACAUCCUCCAGCAGUACCCAAUAGACUUUACCAACCUUGCACGUAUCUCCGAUAUCCUCAACAAGUCUCUGGAGUCUGGACAAUCACAGACGGUGAUCUGCGCAUUGAUUAUCCUUCAGUUACUGUUCAAAAUGAGUGUCAUAAAGAUUGACAAUCCUGAGCAAGAAGAAUUGUUGCAGAAAACCAGGAAACUAGUCUGGAAAUUGGUAUCCUCGAAGAGGGAAGAUAGUGAUCAUAUGAACAUGGGUCGGGUGCAGAAGGAAGCCUGUCUGGUGUUAGCCAAUGGACUGAUGGUGCUGUACCCUAAACCUGAACAGAGAGUCGACUUGAUGAGGCAGCUACUCAGCGAAGGAGAGCACCAGGGCCUAUUCUGUCUAAGAGACAAGCUUCUAGUGGACUAUACGGAGCAGCUAAAAGGUCACAUCACCAGUCUAGACCAGUACCAGACUGUCAGUCUGCCAGACGAUGUAAUUUCAUUGCUGAUUAAGAGGACUUUAAAAGAGUCCAUCAGUCUGCUGCAAGAUGCCACCAAGAUGGAUAAACAGCAGUUUGAGCACAUGCUGUCAGAAAUACCGGUGGCAAGUCCUGGUCUAAGGUUUCUGAUGUCCCUGCAGUCCUUCUUGCUCAGAGAGGCAGUCCUGUAUGUUUCACCAGACACAAAGACUGGAUCUGACACUGACAUACAGCCCAUGAAGGAGCUGUGGAAAAUGCUUGAAACAUUUGCCAAAAAUGUGUUCAGAGAAGCCUGUGAGGUUCUGAAGACGUUGCUGAAAUGUUGCCAGACACUUAUUACGGAUAAUGUUUUCGACCUUGAGACAAGGUUACAAGGCCUUGAGAAGGUUGCUAAGGUGACCAUACUAGGUCACAUGGUUCCGCCGUUAAUGACAGCAUUAACCCACAUGAACCUGCAGAGCUUGACCCUGGCUGAUACUCUGAUGCCUACCCUGGUGGAGUUGGUUGUCUUCUCCAGUCAGGCUGCCCUAUUGUUGAAGAGUCAUGUACAGAUCAUACACCAGGAAGACAUGGAGACUGACUCUGAUUCAGAGGCAAAUGACAGCAUUGGUCAAACAGCUGAACCAGAAAGCCAAAGGGAGGAAGAGGGGUUCCUAUCUGGGCUGAAGAUCCCUGCCCCCUGGUCCUCGGGCAAGUCCAUAGAGAGCAUUCACCCUGUAAGAGACAACUACAAAUUCAAGGAGACCGUGCACAUUCCAGGGGCCAGGUGCCUCUACCUGAGGUUUGAUAACCGAUGUGCCUCUCAGUACGACUAUGACAAGAUGAUUCUGUAUGCUGGAGCAAACACGACAUCAAAGAAAGUGGCCGAGUAUGGAGGAAAUACGUAUGGCUUUGGGAGCCGUAGUGUGUUGGGCUCAGGCUGGCCAAAAGAUCUAGUCAGGGUUGAGGGAGAUACAGUGACAUUUUCAUUUGAGAUGAGGUCCGGUAGAGAACACAACACCCCUGACAAAGCCUUGUGGGGCUUCCUGGUCACCAUAAGGGCUCAGGAGACCCCAGAGGAGAUCUCUACCGGCCUGCCCUUCUUAGCUGACCUGGCCCUGGGCCUCUCAGUGCUGGCCUGUACCAUGCUGCAGCUCAUGUAUCAGGGACCUGAGAAAACCAGGGAGGAGGAGGCCUGCCAACAUCUACUCAAAUCUAAACUGUUGCAGAGGUGUGUGUGGCAGUCAGGUACAGUGAGCACUGCCCCAGGUUCCCCUAAACCCUCCCCAAGGGUGUCCCAGGCAGUGGAUCCCUGUUUGUCCCCUAUGAGCCCCCGCAUCCCUCGGAUCAAGCUGCCCUCUGAAAUCAUGAAGAACUUGCUCAGUCUGGCCCAGAGACACCCUCCACAUUUGAGGCCGAGCAUGAGUGAUGCCAUCAAACCUGAUGUGAUUUUGGAGCGAAUAGUGUCAGCAGUUGUGAAACAUCUUGGGCUAGAGGAGACGGUGCGCUUCUUCACUCCAUCGAAGGAGAAUCACACAGACGAGUUUCAGCUGUUAACCUCAUUGAUGGAGGAGAUUUGCAGACGCACUGAUGCUCUUGUCAGGCAACUCCAGGCCCUGGCUGACUUGGAGCAGAGAUGGCACACAGAGCUGAUAGACCGUAGAGAAGAUAAGACACUCAACACUCCUCCAUUCUUUCAUGACUACCAUCUGCAAGAGACCCAGUUUAAGGCCCUCUUUAUGUUGUGCUUCCUGAAGGAUGUUUCCAUGGAUUCCAGUAAACUGGAAGAUGCAGCAACAGAGCUCCGAGAGAAGUUGGAUGGUGAAAUAUCAUCAUCCAAUGCUAAUUCAGACUCUGACCCGCUACAGAAAACUCGUCAGCUGGUGGACGGGAUUCUGUCCAGGCUUGACCUGCUGCUACAUGUCAACAUCUCCCCCGGGGAUGCAGGAACUCUCACACGCACUGUCUCUCAGUGUCUGGAGGCAAUCAAGUCAGGGUCCCAGGUGAUGGUCAGGUCGGACACAGACAUCAUCCACGCCACUGUCAGUAGGAGUAUGUCUGCUCCCUCUGGGGUUGACUGCUUCCAUGAUGACACAAUACUGGACUUGGCUAAAAAACACCGACGACGUCCGAAACAGAAGCCAGACCCCAUGACAAUCUUGCAAGACCUUGUGGAUGAUCAGGAAGUAGGGCUUUCUCCACACGCCAUUCUGAUUGGUCAACUCUUCCAGUUCAUUGGAAGUGCCCCAGAGAAAGCAGUGUCCUGUGAGGCGUUCCUGCAGACAGCCAAGCUGCGCUGGUUGCGUGGCAACACCCGGAAGCAAGCGCUGGUUCAUAUGAGGGAGCUGCUGUCUGCGGCAUCAAGGGUUGGCGGGGCCACACACCUGGUUGCCGCAGUGACAUCGGUCCUCAGGCACGGACCUCGGGUUGAGGAGCUGACAUGUGGGGGGAUGGUGAGUCAAGUGCGGGAGGCGUUUGCAGAGACCAUGACCUCAGUGGUGCAGGUUGUGGCCAGAUACCCGAUAGCAUGCUGUAACAGUAUAGGCCUGCUGUGUAUUGUGCCAUACACUAGAGCUGAGGAGAAAUGCUUGGUACGAUCAGGACUGGUUCAUCUCUUGGACAAGCUUUGCAGUCUAGCCAGCAACCAAUCAGAUAGUCGUGAAAACCAGUCUGUUAGACAGAAAGUGUCAGCCAUGGCGUGGGCUGGUUUCCAAGUGUUAGCAAACAGAUGUGUCAUGUGGGAGACAGAAGAAGGUGCCUAUGAGGACCUGGAGCAUUCGGGUUUGGCCCGUCAGGUGUCUGUCCUGCUGACCAAUCAUCUGGCACGGGCCACAGAGUCCAGUGGGAACGAGGCAGCUGGCACAGAGGCCCUGCAGGAGGUCCUGAGUCUCCUGAACAACCUGUCCAGGAGUCACAUGGGCAAGGCCAUACUAAGUCAGCCAGCAUGUGUCUCCAAACUACUCUCUUUGCUGCUAGAUCAGAGGCCGUCUCCCAAGCUGGUGCUGAUCAUCCUGCAGCUAUGUCGGGUGGCCCUGCCCUUGAUGGAUGCCAUUGAGUGUGAGAGGGUGGAGCUGCCUACAUGGGGCCACAUGCCUCUCUCCAGCCACUGGAGCACCAGCAAACCAAUAUCUGAUCCCGCCGCCAAAAUUGUCUCCCUUCUGCUGGCUCGCCUUGGAGACUUCCUAGUGCCAGGUUUGUGGAUUGCAAUGAUAUUUGGUGAUCUUGCAACAGUUGCUAGUAGACAGCAGUCAAUUGAUCCUGACCACAGCCGAGAUAAAGGCAGUAGUGAUGACUUCAUAAGCCACAAUGGACGUGCAUCGGUAUUCGUGCACAAACGAGAAGACCAGCAAGCUAAUGAAGUGGUCAGCCUGUGUCUUGGAACUGACAGCAGGCAGUUCCGGCUUGGUGGGGCAUCUAAUGUGGAAAAAGCUAGCCGCCUGGAAAAGGAAUUGACAAAGAACAACAAAGCAGAGGUUGUUACAGAAGAUGUUAAAGCAGCACGAAAAAAGGCGGAGAAAUGGGCCCAGAUUGGACUUACUGUCUCUAUAGGGCCACCCACGGAGUCUGCUGGGGACUCUUUGAAUGGAGACAAGAAAAAAACAGAAAAGGAGGUCAUAUGUAAGGACAAGAAUGCAGAGCUUGCCAGGUUGGACCUAGUUCGUCCAUUUAUCAGUGGCCAUGUGGCUAACAGUAUGGCCGCAGAGGUGAUAGAGCUGCUACACAGCCUGUUGAACACUCCUGACUACAACACUGAUACCAACCGAUCUUGGUCUAAUGCUGUUCAGAGGGUGCUGAUGAACGCUCUGGCUGGUCUACCAGUGCUGCUCAACUCCCUGGACAGUCUGAGCUCCCCACGGUGUCACACUCUGAACCUGAUGUACAUGGCCAGGCAGGUCAACGCAGCAUUGUGUGCGCUGGGAGGCUUCCAGGAGAUGAUCAAGCCUGGCUGCCAUGUGGAGGUGUUAGGGAAUGUAGAGCAGUCGACGGGCAUUGUGGUGAACAUGUCUCAGCAGACUGGGCUGGUCACUGUCAAGCUUGACUCGGACCUUGAUGGCAGCUACUCACCCAGAUAUGCAGAGAAUAUCCAAGUACCCUUCAGUAGGGUGAAACCAGUGAGGAAUAGGAUGUUUGCCAGUGAGCGGUUCUGCCUCACUGACUCUGUGGUGACAGCCAUGCAGGCCAUCCUACUGCCACGUGAAGACAACAUCUCUGCAUUGCAGCAGGUUCUACCACUUAAUGAUGAUGGUAACAGCAUGGCCAACCAGAUCUGUCGGGUUGUAGCUGAGCUGGAGACUCGGGCCUGCAGUGUUCUGGCUCUGUACCUGCAGAACAUCUGCUUUACCAAGGAAUUCAUACAGCACUGCGGCUCCACCAUCGAGAUGCUCAAGUGCCUGGCCAAGGAUUGCAGCACGGGUGCCCGCCAGCCUGUGGUAGAGUCCCACUGCGAGAGACUGAGAACUCUCUAUAGGGACUGUGCUAAACCACCUCCCCCACCUAGCAAGGUUGAUAACAGGAACAAGGAGAUGACCUGGGAUGCAUGUCGUGUGUUUCCUCCUGUUCAGGGAUGUCUGUUCUCCAACAACAUGUCCAGUCUGACCUUCCUGGGUGACCCCAGUGCACGGGGAGGUUUCCCACGCGGUACCAUGGUGUAUGCUAACAUGCCCAUACCACAACAGGCUCCUUCAUUCUACUGGGAGCUGGAGUUCUGUUCAUUUGGGGACGGCCAGGAGGAGAGCGCUGUGUUUGUUUCCUUUGGAUUUGCGCCACUAGCUGAGAAGAAGGAUGGACCGUGGACUAACCCAUUGGGGACAUGCCUCUUCCUCAGCAAUGGUAAAGCUGUCCAUUACAAUGGUGCGAGCCUGCUGCAGUGGCGCAGUGUGAGGCUGGACUGCGCGGUGAAGACUGGGGGUGUGGCAGGCAUCGGCUGGGAGAGGAGCGGGGAUGCACCACCCCCUGGUGAGACACCCAGGGGCAGGGUAUACUUCACAUACAAUGGCAGGCGGCUCCAGCCCUGGAUUGAUGAUGUUGCUGGAGCUAUGUUUCCCGUGGUUCACAUUCAAAAGAAGGCUGCCAAAGUAAAGGCGAAUUUUGGCACCCAUGCGUUUGCCUUUGCGGAGGGCCAGCAGCACAGAGAGGCAGCGGAUGAGGUGGAUGACAUGACGAGAGAGAUACGCGAGAGCUUCAGUCACCUGCCCUUCUCACAGGUGGACAGUGACAGCGAGGAGGCGGUCACCGCGCCCACGACACCUAGCAACGUGAGCGACAUGAGUGACCUUCUGCCUCCAUCAGCUCCAGCGUGCAAGACUAUCCCGAUACCCAAACCAUUGAAAGAUUACAACCCGGACAACUGCAAGCUGUACAAGUUGUUCAACUCGUACGACAGCAUGUUGAGUACGGGCCCUGAAGCACAGACGGUUCUCGUAUCCCAGGACUCCCUCAGCGACGAGGAGAGUGUCGAGGAGGAGCAGAAUCAGGAGGACCACUACGUGCUGCUGGUCAAGGCCUGGGAGCAGAAGGUGUUCCCGGUCAUACGACGCAGGUUCAGGAAUGAGGCGGAGAGGAAGGACGGCUUGGAGCAGAUCAAAGGAGCUCUGCAGCUGGGUAUGACAGACAUUGCAAGACAAACAGUUGAAUUUCUGUAUGAAGAAAAUGGAGGAAUGCCUCGUGACCUUCACCUUCCCACAAUAGAAGACAUCAAAGAGGACUUGGCCAAGUUCACAAUUGAAAGGGUCAAGAAAGGGACAACUGUAGUAAUAAAGGAUCCCACAGGGAGCAAUACAAGUGGAGCAACUGUUCUACCAAAAUUUGCUGUGAGAUCAAUGCUGAAAACUUUCGGACUCACUGGAACUGUCUUGGAUGUAGACACUCCCCUGGAGUUGGUACAGGUGGAGACAUACCUACGCAGUGAAGGGGUGCUCGUGCGCUACUGGUACCCCCUGAACACACUGGAGAGGCCUCCACAGGGGCUGCGAAAGUCUGCCAUCACAGGGGGCCAGAUCCUUGACACCAGCAAUGUCAACAUACACAGGGAGCUGAUGAGGACAGAGCGCACGUUGGCAAGGAUGUAUUGCCGGCGGGCUCUGCUGAAGCUGAUAGACCACUGCAACUCUUCAGCAAUGGAGGUGAUCUCGUGCUCUCCCAGCCUCACCUCAGGCAUGGCUGCCAGCGCUGCAGUGCUGCAGGAGCUGGACAUAGAGAACAUCCAGCUGCUGUCCAAUGAGCUGCUGCGGGCCCCCCAGCCCCACGGGGCUGUAACAGCCAGGUCCCUGGGGCUCUGUGACUCCUCACAGCACUGCCUGGCCGCACAGAGCUGCUCCCUCUCCAACCUCGUAUACUACAAUGUGCAGAGGUUGAAGCAUGAGCUGGCGACUGCAAUAGCACGGGCAGCGGGUCAGGGGGAAGACUACCUGAUAGAGCUUACCAACCAGAUCUGUACCUCCCUUCAGACAGCUCCUGAGAUGUUCCUAUAUGAGGAGAUACCAGUGAGUGAGAAUAAGACAACUACAGACUUGUACUUCCCUGGGGCGGCCUGUCUGGUUGUGUCCUGUAAGACAGAUCCAAAGUACUCUAAGAAAGAAACAUCUUUGUAUAAAUCACCCUGGGCAAGGAUAUUUUGCUACAGUGGUCAAAGGAUCAAGAAAAACGGUCAAAUCUCCAAACAAGAAGUGGUGAGCUACCCCCGGGACAUCACCUCUACCAGUAACCAGGACGACCAGUACACGCCUGCUAUCAUACCCACGGACUGUAUCCAUGUCAAGGUGGGGGUGUCACCACCCCCAGGCAUAGUUAUCACCAUACACGCCCUGCCCCCUCAGUUCCUGUUGGCUAUGACGUACAUCGAGACACUCAUCACGGAGACGUAUGGGUGUGGAACAAAGAGCUGUGUUCCACCAAAACAAGAGGAACCUUGCAGCCUCUGGGACAUGCCGUCUUCACCACAAUCCCAGACACAGACAACCCCGACAAAGAUGGCUAAAUCUAUGGAGAAAGAACCAAAUGAAAGCUUAUGGAACUUGGACAAUAUUGUGAUUACCCCGCCAGUAUUCAGUCACAUGAUUGAGCAAAUCUGCUUCUACCUGUGGAGAACAGAUGUUCCUGCUCUGAUAAAGGAAUAUGUGUUCCACCAGCUGGCCCAGUCGGUAAGAGUGUAUCACUACAGUGAGGGGGGAAAUAGCUGCAAGCUGCCCUCCCCACUUCCACAUCUAAAUGUAAAUCAAGGACUUAUGGUCAUGCUUCAUUCAGAACUGAAGAUACUGUAUGAGACAGAGACAAAAGGUUUGGAUGUGAUAACAACACCCAGUGGUUCAGGCUUUGGUAUUGGGGUAAGUGACCAGGGCCGCUUCUCCACAUACUUCCAUGCCCUGUUGGAGCUGAACCUCGCUGUGGGAGAGCUGAGCAAGCCUACGGGGCGGUCGAGAGGCAGCGACACUGCUAUCAGCCUUGACGUCCUGCCCCACCCUCCCAUCAGCCCUACACAUGCCUCCAGAAGAAAGAAGCUAAGAGCCAAGCGUGAUAGGAAGAGGGAUGAACCAGGUCGACGUAGCGAGAGUGACCUUGACCUAAGCCAGCCUGCUUCCACUGUAUCACCAUCUGUCAGUGAUACGAAUGCAGGCAGCUCCUCUGCAGCCUCUGUGUCUGGAUCGAGCUCAAGUGUAACAGUAGAGGUCAGCGCUGGGAAAGAUGUUACUGGGAAAGAUGCAAAAGAACGCGAUAGUAGAGAUGCCAAGCAUGCCAGUAAGCUUGUUAAGCCUGAAAGUGAACUGUGGUUGCAGAGAGCAUUGAGUAUGUCUCAUAUAUUACGAUGCUUGGCUUUUAAUGAGAAGAAUGGCAUGGUUGCACUUGUGAAUGCUGUGUCUGACGCCAAUCAAGUCUUAAAUACAGUGACUGCCCAUCAGAGACUUAUGAUUAUUACUGGGAUACCAACGGGUCUGGACCCUGAGUCUAUCAAGCAAGCUCUCCGUACAGUUUUCAAAUCCAAUGGUGGAAUUGAAAGAGAUGAGAUAUUCUUACCAGUGGAUGACAUAUCCUUGUCAGUGGAGCCCGAACCGGCUAAGUCCCCGCUUUUGAAAGAUGAGGCGACAGGUGAAACUCCAUCAAAGGUGUCUUCUGAGAAUAGUGAGCAUACCAGCAAAUCUCCUGAAGAGCACGUCAAACAAAGUGGACUUGAAGUCCCCGGCAAGAAAGAAGAACCAACACAUGAUGGCGAGACAGAUGAAACCUCUGUCCUGACAAAUCAAACAAAACACUGUGGUUAUGCUGUGGUGUCAUUGAUGUCAAAGACAAAGGUUGAAAUAAUUAAGAAAAGUCUGGUUAAAAUUGACACUUUCUUUGUGGGUGCAGGUGCUGAUGUGGUUGACAUAAGCAUUUCUGGGGUGGGACCAAACCUUCUUGCACAAGACGAGAAUGCAAAUGUUCCACUUGAUAAAUAUCUGAAGUACAAGUUCUUUCAAGAUAAAACCCAAAAUGAGAUAGGGGAAGCAGCAACCCUCGCAUUGACUGAAAUCUACACAAGUUGCUUCAUAGUAGAACAGCGACAUGGCUCACCUGAAUUUCAACAAGAGUCAGGUUUCAUAUGCCUCAGUCAAGAACAGAUUCUGCAGCAAACCCCAGAGAAUCUUUUGUCCACUUUCUUCAAUAAUAUCAGACCACCGAAAAUCUCCACAUCCGAACAAGUGUCACUGGUUCUCAAGCAAUAUGGGAUGCUACUGACACCUGAUAAAGAGUGGUCUCCAGCUUUGGAAAGGUCUGGUAAGGGCAAAGGCAAGAAACCACAAAGAAGCAGCAAGGAGAAAUUGGUUCUGCAAGUUGAAAAGUCGUUUCCAAAGGACAAAAAAGACAAAAGUGAGAAAGAUGAACCAGAAGAUUCUGAAAAUCCAACAAAGUGUGAUGUGGGUGUGAAGACAGAGGAGCGUCACUGUCUCACACUGGACGGAUUCCUGCAGUAUGUGGCAGACCUCAUGAAACAGGACCCACGCAGCGUCUGGAGGGCAGUCCUUUCCUGUGGAUUUGAUAUCCACCUGGAAAGGUGUGCAUGCCUGGACAACGGUCAGGCUCAGCAGUUUGCCCGUCAGUGGACGUUGGAUAUGGAUGCCACACUGACACAGUUUGUGAACUCGUUCUGUCGUAAGCUGUGUGUGACCCCCGCACGUCUUCACCCACAUGAGAUCUAUGUGUCAGAGGCAGACCUAGCCGGAGAGACAUAUGCGGCCUUACAAGAUGUCCCUAUAGAAAGCAUCAGGUUACGGUUUGCCUUCCUGCAAUCUCUCAAUAAUUCCCUGGAGACGUUCUUCCUGCCUCUGAUUGACCUUCGACCUUGGGAGACAUACAGUCGAAGUAUGGCUGCUGUCAUGUCCAAGGUCAGGGGCCUGAUCUUCUACGACACCAAGAGUUCCCUCGUCAACAGGAUCCUCAAUGCGACUACCAAGAGGAAACCAGACCAGGCCGCCCCAGAAAUCACCCUCGACCCACUGGAAGACAUUGGGGGUCAGAAAAGCUGCAUGAACACAGGAUUCUGCCAGGCAUACCGCCAGAUGAGCCAGAUCCCCUCCAGUCAGCUGUGUGUGCGACUGGCGUGUGGAGGGGACCCUACCUACGCUUUCAAUGUGAAGUUUACGGGGGAGGAAGUACAUGGAACUAGUGGUUCAUUCCGUCACUUCCUGUGGAAAAUGGCCCGGGAGAUCCAGGACCCCAGUGUGAGUCUGCUGGUCCCCUGCUCCAGUACCAGCUACAGGGGCCGCUGUAUCCUGCGCCCGGGACCCCUGACUGUGUCAGAGGAAAACCUGAUCACCUUCCUAGGACAGCUGCUGGGUAUAACUAUAAGGGCCGAUAUCCCCAUCGGCCUGGACCUGAUGGCAUCCUUCUGGAAGGCCCUGGUGGGGCUCCCCAUGGACUCAGUCAUGGACAUCAAGGAAGCAGACCCUCUCACGUACAGCUACCUGAAAAAGAUUGAAAUGGUUGAGAGUGAGUCAGAGUUGCUGGCCCUGUGUGCUGAUGUCUACCCCAGAUUUGUCUACCCCUCACUGUCAGGAGAGGAGGUGGAGCUGGUCCCUCGGGGAAGACACCUUCUAGUGAGCUGGGAGAACCGACAACAUUACAUAAACACAAUACAAGAGCUGAGGAAGGCUGACCUGAUGAAUGUCCGACGUAUGGAGGCGUUACGCACGGGGCUAGCGACCAUCCUGCCCCUGCAGCUGCUGGUGAUCAUGACCCCUGGGGAUAUGGAGAUGAGGACCUGUGGGCAGCCAGUCAUCAACAUUGCUUUCCUCAAGGCACACACGAUGUAUCAAGUGGGUCUGAUGGAGACAGACAAGCAUAUCCAGUAUUUCUGGCACACUCUUGAAAACCUGAGUCAGGAGGACCUGUGUCGCUUCAUUAAGUUUGCCUGCAACCAGGAGCGUAUACCACAGGCCUGUCCAUGCAAGGAUGGUGGGACAGAUACUGCGCAUGUGCCCCCAUACCCUAUGAAGAUAGCUCCACCGGAUGGCACAGCGGGUUCACCCGACAGCCGCUACAUCCGUGUGGAGACAUGCAUGUUUAUGAUCAAGCUGCCCCAAUACUCCAGCCAGGAGGUUAUGACCCAGAGACUCCUGUAUGCCAUACACUGUCGUGAGGAUCCGCUUAGUGGAUGAACACUUCACCAGGCUGUCAAGUCUGGAUAAAUUGCUUUCUGUGUUGCAUAUUUCUAUGCUUAAAAUUGAUAACUGACCCACUUGACGGCUAUGGCAAUCUAACAUAAGCCUGAAAGUAUUCUUUGCUUUGUGAAUUUCUUGUUUGAAAUUUAACAGUUGAUUUCCUAUCCACUCUGGCUUUACUUGAAACGCCUUCAAGCUGUUCAAUUUAAAUUGUAUUUUAACCGUGCAAUGUGAAGAUGGUUCUCAUACAAUAUGCGUCCAGCAUAGCUCCAGACAAGCCUGAGCAAAAUUGACGGCUGGUCAUGAGCUACGCUGUCCGCUUUAAAAUCACGCAUGGUUUUGUGGUCUCAUGAAUGGCCAGCAUAGCUCCUGACUAGACUUGGAAAUACGCGGGCUGGUAUGGAGCAACACUGCAUGCACAGGGCAUUUGACCUGGUUGCACAUGGAAUUAGACUUACUUUUGCAUGAUGUGAAUUUAAUUUAAGAAGUGCAGCUUUACUUGAAAGUCUUGUAUCUGCUGUAUACUGCUAUAAACUACUUUAUCAGAAACAAUAAUUUCACCAGCACCCCUUGAUAUUAUUCUUGUGUUCAAUGUUAGCCAUCAAUUUCAAUUGUUAUUAUUUUAUUGAUAGAAGUGUUCUUUAUUGACUUAAGUACAUGUAUACAUGUGUUUUUGGUGUUUUUUUGUUAAUGACAUGAAUGUUUUAAUGCUCCCCCCUAAAAAAAAUUGGGGGGAGCAUAAAGUCGUCGCUUCGUCUGUCCGUGCGUGUGUCCGUCCGUCCGUGCACAAUUUUUGUCCGGGCUAUUUCUCAACAUAAAUGACUGGAAUUCAAUUAAACUUUACGGGAAGCUUCACGACCAAGAGGAGAUGUGCACAUUAUCAGCCGGUUCUGGUCCGAUGAUUUUUCACAGAGUUAUGGCCCUUUGAAAUUUUCCAUUAACUGUACAUAUAGUGCAAUUCUUGUCCGGGCUAUUUCUCAGCAACUAAUGACCGGAAUUCAAUGAAACUUUACUACCAAGAGGAGAUGUGCAUAUUAUCAGCCGAUUCUCGUCGGAUGAUUUUUCACAGAGUUAUGGCCUAUGAAAUUUUCCAUUGUACAUAUAGUGCAAUUCUUGCCCGAGCUAUUUCUUAGUAACUUACGGUAAUUCAAUGAAACUUUAUGGGAAGCUUCACAACCAACAGGAGAUGUGCAUAUUAUCAGCCGGUUAUGGUCCGAUGAUUUUUCACAGAGUUAUGGCCCUUUGAAAUUUUCUAUAAACUGUACAUAUAGUGCAAUUCAUGUCUGGGCUAUUUCUCCCCAACUACUGACUGAAAUUCAAUGAAGAUUUAUGGGAAGCUUAACUACCUUGAGGAGAUGCGCAUGUUAUUUGUGGGUUCUGGUUAGAUGAUUUAUUUAGAGAGUUAUGGCCCUUUGAAAUUUUUAAGUUGCUUAACCAUCCAUCGUAUUAUUUUGUCCAAAGUUAUGCUGCUCAAGACGUUUCCUUUUAUCUGAAUAUAUAGUGCAAUAUUGUGAAAAAAAACAACUUUGGGGAGCAUCACCCAUCUCUGACAGUUUCUUGUUAAAUUAGUUAACGUUGUCAAGAUUUUGUAUAGUGAAUGAUUUGUUGUUUAUUAGAUGUUAUUGUUGUCACAUAUCUGUAUUUAUAUUGCUACUGUGAUGUUAUUGUCUUCUCAAUCUAUUGGUCAUUGCUUUAGUUGUGAUGUUGUACAUAAUUUCAGUUGACAGUCCUGCUUAUUGCAGUAGUAUAUAUCCAUACAUAUGUAUAUCAUUCAACCAUUCAUGUGUAUAUGUGAAACAUGGUGCUUGAAUGAAAAUAGAAAAUCCAGAUUUUGCCACAUGCAUAUAGGCCCAUAAUAAUCCAGAAAGUAAUGUGUACGCUAUUGACACAAGCUUUGUAAUACCAUUAACAGCAAAAAAUGGUCAGAGCAAGUAACACGACCAUUGAGCUGCAUCAUGAGACUAUGUGUCUUAUGCCAUAUCCUGCCAGAGUAGCUACCCUGUUCCACAAUAACUUUAUAUUAUUUUAUAGCAGACGGCGUAGCUCACGACCAGAUUUUAAAGAUCUCGUGACCAGAUUGAGUGAUCGCUUUGGCUGGUCUGCAGCUACGCUUGCAACAUGGUAGAACACCAAUUUAAGCAUAACAAAGCUUAAUCAAGUAUUAUCGGUACUAUUUGUCAUUCAAAUUGUGCCAAGCAGACUGAAAAUUUUAGCAUAUAUGCCAAGUAAAUCUCUUUUUAUGUAUUAUAUAUAUAACUGUAUUAAUUAAAUAGGAACUAUUCAUAAACAUGUACUAAGUACAGUUGUGUACUGAACAUUAUCAUAUGGCCCAUGCUCUGUGAAAAGGGGAUUUACUGCAUUUGCAUAAAAUGUCGUCCAAGAUUAGUCUGUGCAGUCUGGAUUUUUCUUCUAUAGUUUCUUUUAUGUUUUUUGCACUUUACAUAUAUAUGUUUGCCAUCCAUAGAUUUAAGAUUAUCCCAUUUUUCGCACACUUAAAUCUUAAUGGUGUUUGCAUUUGAUAUAAGGUAGUUACAAAGGGAAUUCAUGUAGAUUUGCUCUUGUCCAUCUGUUCUUUUCCGUUUUGCACAUUUUUUGUGCUGCGUGGAUAUCAAAAAGUUUUGGUUGCUACACGGAUGAAACUUUGCUUUGCAAGCUUAUCACCCAGCCUGUGAAUUUUCCAAGUUUUUGUUUUGUUUUUUACAUAAGGACGUAUGGUAUUUUUUUAACCAAAAAAUAUUUUUUUAACUUUCCUUCAAACAAUUAAAAAAAGUAUUUUUUCUAACGGGUACAAUUUUACUAACAAAUUUAACAACAUUUGAACUUUUUCAAUUUUCCCCCCAACAAGAGUUUUCAGGUAAAAGUGGAAUGUUGGGGCAUCUCUGUUGUACAGACGCAUUUCUUGCUCAUUUGAUGUAUGCAUGUGGAAUUGGAAAUUCAAUAAAAAACGAUUGUUGUGUAAGCCACAAUAGUGCUUCUAUGCAGCCUGUUAAGCAUUAUUGUACCUUGUAAACCAAUGCAUAGUAGUUUGUUUUGUAAUUAUCCUUUGUCAAAUGUUUAGGUGAUAAAACCACAUUGUUAUUAUUGUUGCUGGAUUAGUUUUUUGCUGAAGUUGUGAAAUAAACUAGAUACAGAAACAUGUAUUUAAUAAUUCAAA